AAAUUAAGCGCGAAAAUCUGUCAAAACAAAGUUGAAAUUGAAUUUAAUUAAACUAAAGGAUUUACAAUGUCAAGAGACAAAGAAUUGAUAAGAAAGUUUAAUCAACAUCCUGAUAAACGUGAAGAGCUUCUAGAUAGCUUAAAUUCCGAUGAGAUCUCGAAUUUAAUAAUAACAAACACAACUGGAUCCAAGAAUAUUGGCUUUAAUUUAUUCUGUAGUGCAUUAAAUAUUAAGGAUGAAGAUAAACUUUUCGACAUCAUUGAGAAUAUAUUGCCACGAUUAAACAGAGAUGAAUUGUCAGUCAGGGAAUUGCAAGACUUCUUCUCUCGCUUGUGCAUUGAAUUAAAUAAGAAGUCAUUAGUUUUUGUUGUUAGAACUGCAUAUUUGUGCUAUGGGUGUAUAUCAACUGGAGAUUCAAGAGCUAUUUUCUAUAAAGAUAUCCUUCCGAUUUGCCUAAAGCUCCUUUCGAGAAAUGAAGCUAAAUCAGUCGAAUUUGAUUCUGUAAUUAAGCCAUGUAAAGAAUACAGACAAGAUAUCAUCAAUCUGAUACUAAAGAAGCCUUUUUGUAUUUCUACAUUGACCAAUUUAGUAUCAAUGUUCAAAGAUAUUGAACUGUCACAAGCACAACAAAGCCUGCUAAUUACAAAAAUUAGCGAGAACAUUUGUCAAGUCAGUCAAAAUGACAUCUCGAACCUAGCACUCGUGACAUUCCAAAUAGCAUCUUAUAAUCAAAUUAUAAUCCCUCUGCUUGCACUUGACAAAUAUUUCUUAAAGAGACGAUAUAAAUACGAGUUUAGCGAACUUGAAACAACGCCUGAUAGUGUUGAAGAGACGUCAUCGGAAGGAACGAUUCAAGCAGAAGAAACAGUCAUUUAUCACUUUCAGAGUUAUGCGGAAUUCACAACACUCGAGAAGGAUAUAACGAAUGCAUUGAAGACUCUUGAAUACGCGCCAAAUUUGAUUCUCUCUCCCUUUCUGUCAAUCAUUCUCGUGUCAAUUGCAAAAAUUUCAUCGUCUGUUCAUGGAAAUUUCCGUCUAAAUCAAUCCACAAUUUUGCCUUUCAUGAAGCAAAUGUUCAAGUUCAAUGAGGAACAUCGAAAUAUCUUGAAGACAAGUGGAUGGGCAAGGACAAUAGAUCCAGUUGAUGCUGUGAACACGGAACCACUAUUGAGAAUAUUGAAGCAAAAUACUUGUGGUUUAAAGCAAGAUCUAGCAUUGAAUGGUCUUUUUGGCUUGUCAUUUUUGCUGCUCAAGACAAAAUCAUCAACGGAGCUCAAUAAAUUUGCUGUAGAAUUUCUCAACGAGAUUAUUAGAAAUCGUCCGGAAUUUACAAGUGACAUAAUGCACAUAAUUGUUAAAAUGCUGUUCUGUGAGAAAAAUAAAGGACCAAUAAUCGAGUGCUUUUCAAGUUUUGUUCAAAAUCGCUAUCUUGACAUAAAAGCUAGUGAACCAGCGUUAAGGAAGCUCAUUGAAGACUUGACAGAACUGGAUUUAGAUACAGCAUUAUCAAUUGAGAGCGUUAUAUUCACAGCUAUAACAAAAUCAGUUGAUUUAAGAGAUUUAAUGAUUGAUAUAAUGAAGAAAGCAAUGUAUCAAAGGAACGUCCUGGAAAUUAGAAAAAUGGCAGUUCUAUCAUUUUGUAUCAUGCUAAGAAAAUUCACAAAAGCACGCUCAUCUGGCAAUCAGCCACGAUUUUCCCAUAAUAUAUCAAUGUUUUCCUUAACACAAUCACAAAUUGCCGUCAAUUCAACAUCCAACAAGAAUGUACGUCAAGCGGAGAUAAUCAUGUUAGAGAUUCUCGGACUGUUGAGACGAUGUUUCUCGGAAAACAAGGAAAUCAAAGUCAUGCUGUAUGAAAGUCUCUUUAAUUCAAUUUCUGCAAACAGUGAUAUUAUUCCUUAUAUAGUCGAGUUCUUGGAUAGCCAUUUCAGAAUGUACUUUGAAUGCGACAACGACGAAGAUAGAGAGAUUAUAAUUAAUUUCGAGAAAUUAUUUAAAUCCACCAAGAACGGCGAAGAAUUUAUUGUGAUGGAUGAACUGGGACAUCUACUUAAAUUUAUUAUCAAUUGCAUGAUAAUGACAACAGAACAGCACGAGAAAUUAAAUUGCGACAUUGAGAUUUAUGAGAAGAUUCUAAAGAAAUUAAUUGAAAAAUCUUUAAGUGCAACGUUGGACAAUUUGCAUGUCUUUUCCGCAAUUAAUAGUCAGAACAGCAUUAUUAUGUCACAAUUCCUUAAUUGCCUUGAAGCUCUUAUGAUUUAUUGUUUUCAUAAAAUAAAGGAUGACAGUGAAAACAUUACAAAAAUAAUGAUGCUAUUUGCCAAGCAUCAAAAAAUUCAACAAAAGGCAAAGAAGAUGCUUGAAAAUCACAAAAAAGCACAAAAGUCAGACAAGAAUGUGUCAGUAACAAAGAAAAAUGAAAAAAUUGAAUUCAAAUUAAACUGCUGUAUUUGGAAUCUCCGUGACUGCUGUGGAUUCUUAAGAGCUAUAUUCAACGAUAACGGAAAUGAGAAAAUGAAUGAAAUGAAACAAGAUAAAGAUUUCUGUAAAUUUGUUCUCGAAACGACAGCACAGACAUUAAAGAGCAUCGAAACAUCAUCUGACUAUACGAAAAUCAAAUAUAGUCGCUCAGUUUUCGAGUCAUUUUUACACACUUCAAUGAUUCUUUAUCAGCAAUUGAAUCUCGAUACAUUUAAAGUCUUUUAUGAAAGCUAUAGUGCUGAAUGUGCAGCAUCAAUGGUUGAAGCGUUUAAUUACGCAAUUUGUGGCAUGGAAACGUCAUAUUGUGGCAAAAAAGAUAAAUGGAUUCGAUUUUUAAAAAUGUUAACAAAAAAAUCCAUCGAUGACUAUGAGAGCAUGCUAAUGGAAGUAAUUGAUAGAAUUCAGAAACUUAUCGAGUGGGGAUUUGAAGUCGAUAAAGUUAAACAAGAUUUUGUAUCAAGCGGGAACGGAUCAACAGUUUUGAAUAAUUUAUUUGGAACAUUGGAAGUGUUGUAUAGAAAAUUAGAGGACGAAAGAAACUAUAGGCAGUGCUUUAAUUGGAUUUUGGGAAUUUGCAAGAAAACAAGUAUCAAGCAUAAAAGUCUUGCAACAUGUGUAAUUAAGCUUCUCAUGAAUUGCAUCAGUCAACAUGAAAACUCAUUGCUAAUUGACUGUAUAGCACAUAAAAUUGCUACAUGCUUUAAAUAUCGUCGUGUCAUGAAUGAACCUGAGAGUUUUGGACACAACAAUUUGUCGAUAAUUGGAAAGCAGACAACUAUUGAUGAGGCAUUCACGGAAUUUCUGGAAUUCAUGAAAGCUCAAUUAAAUGUUAUUGAUAUCUACAUAAAGCGUGCUAAUAGUUUUAAUGCAUAUGCUCGUCUGGAUGUUCAGGAAUCACGUCAUGAAACUUUUAGUAAUUUACAACAGAUAGAAACAGCCAUUUGCACGAAGCUAGUAACGUUGGGCAAGUCAAUUGAGAGAAUUGGAAGUGCAAAUUUUCCAGUAACGACAAGAAAUAUCGAGAAAAUUGUCGGAAUUGUCAAUGUCUAUUAUAAAUGUCUUGAGAGUAUAAUGAAGCACUUCCGUAAACAUUAUGAUAUUAAAAAUAUAAAUUAUCAAUGUAUUGGCAUCGAGGAAUUGAUAAAAUACUCGAAGAAGUUUGCAAUUUGUAUUUAUGGAAUAGCGCCGUACAUUGAAGCGACUGUCGAUACGGAAUUUAAUAAUGGCAAGGAUAAGAAAGAAAUUCGUAUAAAAAAGCGAGAUUUAAUCCUCAAUAAGGCAACAAAACUUAUUCCACGGAUGAUUUUCCUCAUCGAGACAUACAAUAAAAGUGUCAAUAUUUUUGAUACAUCCGCAAAGACAAUGUUUAAUAAAUAUUUGCAUGCCGGUGAGAUUCGCGAUUUUCAUAUUAGAAAUUCAAUUUUAAAGGAUGCACUUGAAACAACACAAACAACAGCUCGAAGUCAAAAUCUCAAUGAUGUUGACGAUGAUGAAAGCACAAAUGUAUCAAAUAUAAAUGAUGAGGCAAGCAGUGACGAGGAAAAUAUUCAGCCAAAGCAAAAAGCGACCAGAAAACGACGAGCGGCUGUUGAAUCAGAGAUAUCAUCUACUUCCGAAAGUGACGAGGCUGAGGCUAGAGAUGAAGUGGUAUUGAGUGAGGAUGAAUCAGUACACGAAAUUAAAAAUAAUAAAUUGUUAACGAAGGAAAGAUUUGAGAAGAAUGUUCGCAUUAUGGCUAAAAAGACGAAUGCACGUAGAGGACGUUCGAAGAAAAACUAACAGAAUGUUCAAAAUUGCAGCAUUCCACAUUCCUUUGUGAAUUGUUAAUCCUCUAUUUUCAAGCGAACGAGAAAGUUUUUGUAUUAUUUUUUUUUAUUCAACAAGAGAAACUUGAAAUUUUUAACAAAGAAUUUUAAUUUUAUAGUUUUUUUCCUUUCAGGUAUUUCUUGAAACUUUGUAAAUGAAUUUAACUCAUUUUUGUGCCAGA